AUGUGUCUUCGAAGUCGCCUCAUCCUGUGGUCCACGAAGCUCCUGGCUGUCACACGCACGUCUCUCCACAAGUUACGUCACCUUCAUGCGACGUUCUCCAUGAUGAAUGCUAUGCUAAUGAUAAGAAGCCAGGAUGGGUUCAUUUUGUAUGUCCAAUUGCCCUAUGACCCAUCUGAAGCCCAAGUGCGAGUGGCUUCUCUUACACCACAACGAGGGCUUGUUCUCAGCGGGAAUUUCAAGUUAUUCCCUGAGAAGUUUAAAAACAACAUAUAUCCACUAAGGCUAAGGAAGGCCCCCUCAUUCGUGGUAGUGGCCGAGGAGUACCGCCCGCACGUUGUAGUCGAGACCACCGCCCCUGGGGAUCCAGUGUCCGUAGUGGGUCCUAUGGUCAACCUCCUGAGUGUCAUGGCGGAGGCUAUGAAUUUCACAAGGUACAGCUUUGUCAGACCCCCAGAUGGGUCAUGGGGCACUAAGAGGGAGGAUGGGUCAUGGACAGGUAUGGUUGGUGUCGUCACCAGAAAGGAGGCGCAGCUCGGCCUGGGCCCCUUCGGCAUCACCCCCAGCAGGAACGAGGUGAUCGAGUACACGGCGCCCAUUCUCAUCGACUACAUACGCAUCAUGGCGGGGCGAGGGCGGCCUGAGGUGGACCCUUGGGGCUUCCUCUUCCCUCUGACGGCGGGGGUGUGGGCGGCGUUCCUGGCUUCGCUUCUGCUGGUGACGGCGUCCACCUUCGUGCUGUCAGCGGCCACUUCCAGAGCUCUCGGCUCGGGCGGCGGCUCCAAUUACGAGUAUUUCGGGUAUUUUCGUGUCCUCCUGCAGCAAGACGAAUCGGUGGUUGGGACACCUGGUUGGAGGCGCCUGGUGGCCGCAGCUUGGAUGAUUGCAACGCUGGUGAUUGUGAGAGGUUACGCAGGCAACCUCAUGUCCCUCCUUGCCGUGCGCCAUAUUCCGCAGCCUUUCCAGAGCUUGCGUGCCGUGUUGGAGGAUGCGGAUACCGGCAUGAUAUGGGAAGCUAAUACCGCGUAUGUUCAGUAUCUCAAUAGCGUUAAAUCAGGCACGUUCUACGAGGUGCUCCAGGCCGGGCGGAGGGGGCGCGUCAAGUACCUGCGCAGCACCGAGAUUCCCGCCGCAGUCGACACUUGGGUUCGGAACCGGAAGGACGUUCUCCUGAUCGAGGAUCUGACUGCCCGGAUCUACAUGGGGCAGGACAUUACGGACACAGGUCGGUGCGACUUUUAUACGUCUCGCGAUGAAUUCCUUCCCCUUAUCUUCGCUAUGAUCGGCCAGAAGAAUAGUCCCCUUAUGCCUGUUAUUAGCGACAAAAUCACACGGCUGACUGAGGGAGGCCUCUACGAACACUGGGUGAAGAGGAGUAUUCCGAACUCCACGGUGUGUGCGCAUGCGUCGUCAAAGAUCACCGUCAACACUUCUCUCAAGCUUGCCAAUCUCUGGGGUGUCUUCGCCGUUCUUGGCAGUGGACUGACCAUCGCCCUCAUCGUCUUGCUUUUAGAAGUAUGUCUUAGCUUGGCCUUCAGUUGCAGUGGGAUGUCUUCAUCACAAGAUAUCUAG